CUCUAUCUCUCAGUGGAGUUCGAAGUUCUGGUUCCAGUUCCAGAAUGGCAAGCCAGUCUCAUAUUGACUUGACCGAGGCCGAAGCUCACGAAACAAACCUCUAAAUCCAUCACGCAUCGUCAUCUCUCGCUCCGCUACAAGUCUCCAUCGAGCCUCGAUCGCUCAAUGGCUCGCUCUCAUUGAUCAAUCUUGCAGGCAAUCUGUGGAUCGGCAGCUCCGUCAAUUCAAUCAUGACCGGAGGUGGACGAAGCACUGCCCGGAGCAGGACCAAGUCCGGAGCUGAUUCCGGCGACGGCGAUCCUUCGCAGAGCGAGAGGCCUCACCCGAGGCGCCCCAGGGAGAGAAGGAAAAGCGACGGUUUCAUCAGAAUCCUCAACGUCAACCUCAAGUACGUGCUCGGCGUCAGCGCCGUCGCGUUUCUGCUUAUAUUUUUCAUGGUCAACCACCUGGUUAAGCCGGCCCACGAGGCGAAGCUGCCGAGGGUCGUGACGCCGUUCCCAGCUCCGAAGAUCAUGGACCUUCCGCAGUUUCAAGGGGAGCACAGAGAGAGCUUGUACUGGGGCACAUACAGGCCUCAUAUUUAUCUAGGAAUUCGAGCGAGAGCGCCACGUUCUCUGCUAGCUGGCUUAAUGUGGAUUGGUGUAAACGAUGGAAGGUACUCCCUACGCCAUGUCUGCCAAGAUAGUGAUGGACUGAGCUCUUACGGAUGGACCAGCCAUAAUGGCCGUGAUUUUGGGCAUCAGGUCUUGGUCGAUCAUGGUAUGGUAUUGGCAACGAGUUUCUUGAAAUCCAAGGAAGUUGGAAGUGGUUAUGGGGGAGACUGGGCAGUGCGAAUUGAGGUGCAAAGCCCAAAAUCUACUCCAGGUGAAGAAAUUUGGAAAAGUUCGCAUCUCUUUUUCUAUUUGGCAGAUGAAGAUGGAAAUACUCUGGAUAUGAGCACAGAUGCCUUGAAAAAUCGUGAUCACACUCUCUUGGCAUCAGGUACAAGGUCGGAGAUUGAAGAUUGGCAGCUGCAUUUGAAAUCAAUGGAUGAAGUUGAAAUGCAUUAUUUGGGUUUUAGGACACCUCAUAUGCAUAAUUUAUCUGAUCUUGUCCAAGAAAAUCUUGGGGAACAAGCAAGAAAAUAUGGAAGACUGCAAUUGUCUGACUCAAUCCAUCAUUCUUCAAAUGUCUUAGUUUUCCAGAUUUCUGCCAGGAAUCCUGUUAAAAUGGAUAUUGCUUUUGUAUCUGGAGUUGGUUCUGAAAGGUCAAGGGUUGAAGAACGUGUCAGCAGUCUUACAGGUGAAUCAUUGACGAGCCGCUUGGAUGAAAAGCAAAGAGAGUUCAACAACAAAUUUGAGAAGACCUUUAACCUGGCUGACAAGCUAGAUAAGGAAUCCAUGAUAGUUGGAAAGGCUGCUAUUGGCAACAUGUUGGGAGGCAUUGGCUACUUCUAUGGCCAGUCCAAAAUCUCUGUCCCUACAGCUGCUAAUCUUCAAAGAAAUGAUUAUCUCUCCUAUUGGCCAGCUGAGCUUUACUCUGCUGUCCCGAGCCGCCCAUUCUUUCCUAGGGGCUUUUUGUGGGAUGAAGGUUUCCAUCAGCUGCUGAUCUGGCGUUGGGACAUUCGGAUUUGUUUGGAUAUUCUUGGCCACUGGUUGGACUUAAUGAACAUUGAUGGCUGGAUUCCCCGUGAACAGAUAUUGGGAGCUGAAGCUCUUAGCAAAGUCCCUGAGGAAUUUGUUCCACAGCAUCCAAGUAAUGGGAAUCCACCAACAUUGUUUCUGGUUUUACAUGAUUUAAUUGAUGGCAUGAAAGCGAAAAAGUUCAAUGCUGCUGAAAGCAACGAGAUCUCUUCCUUCCUAGAAUCUGCAUCUGGUCGUCUUGAUGCCUGGUUUCAAUGGUUCAAUACAACUCAGUCAGGGAAGGAGAAGGGAAGCUAUUAUUGGCAUGGGCGGGAUAGCACGACCCUCCGUGAGCUCAAUCCAAAGGCACUGUUCUCAGGAUUCGAUGACUAUCCACGAGCCUCACAUCCUAGCGAAGAUGAACGGCACUUAGAUCUUAGGUGCUGGAUACUUCUUGCUGCUGAUUGCAUGCAUUCAAUUGGAAAUCUUUUGGGAAAGGAAGACAAAACUACAAAGGAUUACAGUGCAACAGCUAAGCUACUUGCAGAUUUUGACUAUCUUAAUCAGAUGCACUUUGAUGCCGCAGAUGGAGCUUACUAUGACUUUGGGAAUCAUACGGAAAAGGUACGUUUGAGGUGGAAAGAAGUAUUGGUUGGAAGCAAUCAUGCAACUCGAGAGCUUAUCCGAGAAGUAUUGGAAAGACCAAAGCUGAGACUGGUUCCUCAUGUUGGUUAUGUCAGCCUUUUCCCAUUCAUAAGGAGGAUGAUCCCAACUGACUCGUGGAUUUUGGAAAAGCAGCUUGAUCUUAUCUCUAACAAGAGCGUCUUAUGGACAGACUAUGGACUUCGGUCUCUUGCCAGAACGAGUACCUUGUACAUGAAGCGCAAUACAGAGCAUGACCCUCCAUAUUGGAGGGGUCCAAUAUGGAUGAACAUGAAUUACUUAAUUCUUUCUGCACUUCACCACUACUCAACUGAGGAUGGACCAUACAGAGACAGAGCUAAAGUCAUUUACGACGAGUUGAGGGGCAACUUGAUUAGAAACAUAGUCCGCAACUACCACCAAACUGGGUUUCUAUGGGAACACUAUGAUCAAACGAAGGGUAAUGGAAAAGGUUGUCGCCCAUUCACUGGUUGGACAGCGCUCGUACUGCUGAUCAUGUCGGAAACUUACAACCUAAGUUAAAGUACCGUUGCUACAGCCUUCACCACCACAAAAUAACAACCCGGAUGAGCUUCCCAAUUCUUCGAUGACGUUUUGAAGGUUAGAGGAAAUUUACUGAUGUGCUGAUACACGGUUGCAUGGCCAGUGAUGAUUAUGGGAAUGAGAGAGGAAACGCCGAAGAAUGGUGUCAGAUACCCGUCCUAAGGAGACGUUAUGAGAUUAUAUGUGGUCUUAUUGGGAAUAUCAUCCUGCAAAUGAUCAGAUACCGCAUAAGCAGCAGAGAAUUUACAGUUAAAUUAAUGUUUUUGUAGGCUGAAUGCUUGCUUAUUCUGGUGAUUUCUUACAAGAAAUCCAAAGCUCAUUGCAGUUGAUUUAGCUA